CUGUUAGCGCAAUCAGCUGAUGAAGAACAAAAUAUUUUCUCGCUAGCAACGUAAACAGAAAAGAUAUCUUUCUGAGAAUUGGCCACGAAACUGAUCAAUCGGCAUUAGUCACCUGUCCGCUGCACGCACACUAUGCUGAAGGCCGUUAUCCUGAUCGGUGGCCCACAGAAGGGCACCCGCUUCCGGCCACUUUCAUUGGACACGCCCAAGCCGCUCUUCCCGCUGGCCGGUCGUCCCUUGAUUGCCCACCAUAUCGAGGCCUGUGCCCAGCUGCCCGACCUCCGGGAGAUCCUGAUCAUCGGGUUUUAUCCGCAGACCCAAAUGGAGGGGUUCGUGGGCGAUAUGCAAGCCUUAUAUAGCAGCAGCAACAUCAACAUCAGGUACCUUCAGGAGUUCACCGCCUUGGGAACUGCUGGUGGAAUGUACCACUUCCGGGAUCAGAUUAGAGCUGGCAACCCACGAGCCUUCUUCGUCCUCAACGGAGAUGUCUGUGCUGAUUUUCCGCUGCAAGAACUUUGCGAGUUCCACGAACGGCGGCCAUCGAGUGCCCUGGUGACCAUCAUGUCCACGGAGGCAACGCGUCAGCAAUCGCUGCACUACGGAUGCUUGGUUUUCGAUAAGAACAGCGGAGCUGUCUCCCACUAUGUGGAGAAGCCCAGCUCAUAUGUGUCGACCUUCAUAAACUGCGGCGUUUAUGUCUGCUCCAUGGAUAUAUUCACCGUGCUGGCACAGAUUUUCCACUCGAGAGGGCAGGAAUAUGGAUGCCAGGGAUUCUGCAAUGGUAACGGAAACGGAAAUGGCCGAGAGCAGGGGCACAUCAAGUGGGAGCAGGAGGUUCUUACUCCGCUGGCGGGCACCGAUAAGCUGUUCGCAAUGCCAGUGCCCAAUUGGUGGUCCCAGCUGAAGACCGCUGGAUCCGCAAUCUAUGCCAAUCGCCAUUACCUGGGGCUGUACAAGAAAACGCAUCCGGAGAGACUGGCCAACGUGGGAACCAAACACGGAGAAGGCGACGGCAGCUUGAUCUGCACAGUAUUACCGGAUGUCUAUGUGCACCCCAGUGCCACAGUUCAUCACAGUGCAGUGCUGGGACCCAAUGUGGCCAUAGGACCUGGAGUGACAAUUGGACCUGGUGUGCGCAUCCGCGAAUCGAUUGUUCUGGAGCAGGCCCAGAUCCUGGAUCACACACUCGUCCUGCACUCGAUCGUGGGCAGAGGUUCCAGCAUUGGAGCUUGGGCUCGGGUCGAGGGCACACCCAGUGACCCGGACCCCAAUAAGCCAUUCGCCAAAAUGGAAAACCCACCGCUCUUCAACAACGAGGGUAAACUAAAUCCCUCGAUUACCAUACUGGGCUGUUUCGUACAGGUGCCCGCUGAGAAAAUCUUGCUGAACAGCAUCGUACUGCCGCACAAGGAGCUCAGUCGAAGCUUCAAGAACGAAAUCAUCUUGUGAGGAUGAUUAUCUACUUACAUCUUCUCUUCUUAUUUCUAUGCCAUUUUAUAUAUUUUUACUGUGCAAUAUUCCUAAAGUCAAUCUAUUAAAUGUACCCUUGCCCUUGCAA